AUGUGUCCAUCUCCCUCCGUGGGGCUCCGUGCGUACCUCGGUGCUGCCUGCCGCUCCCGGAGAGUCCUGACAGGAUGCAGGUUUGUUUUUUUUCUCUUGUUACUGUUUCAGCCCCAAGAUGAAAUAGAAGUUGAAGAUGGGUUUAAACAGUAUGAUGUGAUUAGUGCAUUAGAUAUGGAAGCUAUGAUGAGUACCAUAAAUGCUUGGAUUAAAAACCCAGUCAAGUUUGAACGUUCUCAUGGGAUCAACAACACACUGGAUGCCCAGAUCUUGGAAGAUAAGGAGGGAGGAGAUGAAACAAUCCACAUUCUUAUUGUUGAAGGCUUCCUACUUUACACCUACAGGCCACUGAUUGAUGUCUUCCACCAUCGGUACUUUCUUUCCAUUCCAUACGAAGAGUGUAAAAGGAGAAGAAGUUCAAGGAAUUACACUGUACCGGAUCCACCUGGAUUGUUUGAUGGCCAUGUUUGGCCUAUGUACGUAAAGCACAGGAAGAUAAUGGAAGAACUUGGAGUUGAUGUGGUGCAUUUGAAUGGGACAAAAUCAAAGGAGGAGCUGUUUAAUGAUGUGUAUGGCCAGAUCCAGAAUAAGAUUGAAGAAUUACUUAACACCCAGAAAUAAGCUGCUGCUGCUGAUUCUUGUGAGUGAAGAUGAUUCCUGUUUGCUCCAUGCUGCCUACCUGACUGCCUCUAAAGUUCCAGCUUCUGUGAAGACUCAACCCUCAAAUUCAACUUUGUUCAACCUUUCCCUUGAAAACUGAGUUCUAUAUGGUCAUAAUUAAAAAGCACUUCCCCCUUGUCUGUGAUCCUAAA